AUGUCAAAAUUCCUCAUUUUAUAUUUAGUAUUGUUUGCUUGUGGAUCUUCCGCAAGGACAUCCUUCAAAUUCCCGGUGUAUCAAUAUAAACGCAAAGCUACAAACGAACAGUUGUUUCAGAAAGUUACAUCAGACUGUAAUGAUAUCUGCUCACUUCACAACAGUGGUUCACUGGAACAUACGAAAUGUAUUCGACUUUGCAUAAGCGAAACUUGCUACAAAUCAUUGUACGGCUUUGAUGAGCUAGAAGAGGGUGAAAUCGACGUCAGGUUUUCUUCAUUCAAAGGUUGUGUCCUGCAAAAACUGAAAGAGAAAGGUUUCCGUGUAAUCUAA